CACGGCCACCUCGCUCCCAGCAUGCACCGCGCGCUAGAGGGCUCGCGACGCCCCGCGGCUCCGCUGCGAUUCCCCUUCCGGUCGCCAGGGCGGCUCGCUGGGCCCGGCUUUCGGCGACGCUCUAGCCCGGGACUCGCUGCUCCGCUCGCCCUUCCGCUUCCGGUCUGCGCGAGCGAAGCGAGUCGAGUCGUGCUGCGUGAGGCGCCGCGAUGCCGACGGGGGACUACGACUCGAAGCCCAGCUGGGCUGACCAGGUGGAAGAGGAGGGAGAUGAUGACAAAUGCAUCACCAGUGAGCUGCUGAAGGACCUCCCCUUGAGCGGGGGGCUGAAGGACCUCCCCCUGAGCGGGGGGCUGAAGGACACCCCCCUGAGCGGGGACCUGAGUGCAGAUGUUGAGCUGCUGAAAGCAGGUCCCCUCCCAUCCCCAAAAGAGCUCAUCAACGGGAACAUCAAAACCAUCACAGAGUACCGGGAGGAGGAGGAUGGGCGCAAGGUGAAGAUCAUCCGCACCUUCCGAAUUGAGACCAGGAAGGCCUCCAAGGCUGUGGCACGGCGGAAGAACUGGAAGAAAUUCGGCAAUUCUGAGUUUGAUGCUCCAGGCCCCAAUGUGGCCACAACCACAGUGAGCGAUGACGUCUUCAUGACCUUCAUCACCAGCAAGGAGGACCUGAACUGCCAGGAGGAGGAGGACCCCAUGAACAAGCUGAAGGGGCAGAAGAUUGUGUCGUGCCGGAUCUGCAAGGGUGACCACUGGACGACGCGCUGCCCCUACAAGGACACGCUGGGCCCCAUGCAGAAGGAGCUGGCUGAGCAGCUGGGCCUGUCCACAGGCGAGAAGGAGAAGCUUCCAGGAGAACCGGAGCCGGUCCAGGCCCAGCAGAGCAAAACGGGGAAGUACGUCCCGCCCAGCCUGCGUGAUGGAGCCAGCCGCCGCGGGGAAUCCAUGCAGCCCAACCGCAGGGCCGAUGACAAUGCCACCAUCCGGGUCACCAACCUGUCGGAGGACACGCGGGAGACCGACCUGCAGGAGCUGUUCCGCCCCUUCGGCUCCAUCUCCCGGAUCUACCUGGCCAAGGACAAGACCACGGGGCAGUCCAAGGGCUUUGCCUUCAUCAGCUUCCACCGGCGCGAGGAUGCUGCCCGUGCCAUCGCCGGCGUCUCCGGCUUUGGCUACGACCACCUCAUCCUCAAUGUGGAGUGGGCCAAACCCUCCACCAACUGAGGCCGGCGCCCUGCCUGCUGCUGCUCCAGGAACGGCUGCUGCUAUUGAGAGACUGGGUUGUUAAUAAAGGUUCAUUCCUGCC